GUUACCUCUUUUUGUGUCCUAAUCACACUACAUGUAUUCCGUUACUCCCCAAGCCUGUAACAGAACAGUCAUCUAUUCAGCACGUACUGCUUUUCACAAUAUUGUUGUUGUUCAGCUCAGUGACCAGCAGAUGUCACCCUGUUGUGAUGAAGUGAAGUGAGUGGAUGCUGUACAACUUUUCCAGCCUCCCUCUUGUUUUCUUUUCUUUUCAAAGUCUUGCAACUCAUUUUGGAAUAAAAGAAGUUCACAUUCAAAUUAACAGUCAGGGACAUAAAGCAGUGGACAAGCUCAUAUGGAGGCUUCAGGACCAACAAGUCAAAGCAACACUCACAAUACAUAACAUGUUUAACUUGUUAACAUAUUUGUACAUCAUCAGUUUGUAUUUAUGUUGUUUUGUUCUUAAAGGUGCGAUAUGUCGUCAAGUAAGAUCAAACUCAGAAAGGUAACAUUAACAAUAUGAACAGGGUUAUAAUACAAACUCAGGUAUUUGCAUAACUAAAUAAACAAGCUGUGUGAAGCUAAAAUGGAGCUUGGGCAGUUUCCUGCAUGAAUAAAUAAAUUACAAAAGUGUGAAGUUGUUCUGUCAUAAAAAUUAGGACUUUUCUCUCUUUAUCAAAAUGUCUUCCCCAGAUUUACAUAGUACACCUUUAAUGUGGUCUGCCGUGUUUGCAGGACUCUGUGAGGGAGCUGUCCUGUCUCCUGCCUCCUGAAUCCUGUCUCCUGCCCCCUGUCUCCUGCCUCCUGCCUCCUGAAUCCUGUCUCCUGCCUCCUGUCUCCUGUCUCUACUUCUGUGGUGUGGAGCAACAAAUCUCAUCGCUGUCCUGCCAAACAGCUAUUCAUUAAGAGGAGGGGUUACUUAAAACACACACACACACACACACACACACACACACACACACACACACACACACACACACACACACACACACACACUACCAUCCCUCCCGCAUCCCGGCAGGUCCACAGAUGAACUGAGGAUCUCCCCGCUGCGCUCCUCUCACUCCUCGCUCGGUUCAACAUGGGCUCGCUGGGUGUCCUGCUGUUCCUCGCGGUCUCCGCCGUCACAGUGAAAGACUCUUUUCAAGGGGAAAACCAGCGCAGGCUAUACAGAGACCUGAUGGCUGACUACAACCCGCUGGUGAGACCAGUCGCUAACGACUCUCAGACUCUCACCGUUCAAUUCGGCUUCAGCCUCAUGCAGAUCAUGGAUGUGGAUGAGAAGAACCAGGUGUUGACGACCAACAUCUGGCUACAACUGUACUGGAACGAUUAUUACCUCCAGUGGGAUCAAUUAGAAUAUCCAGGUGUGACCAAUGUGAGAUUUCCUGACAAUCUCAUUUGGAAGCCGGACAUUCUGCUGUACAACAGUGCUGAUGAAAGAUUUGAUGCUACUUUCCACACCAACAUUUUGGUCAACUCGUCAGGCUACUGUUCCUACUUACCUCCAGGGAUCUUCAAGAGCACCUGUCACAUCGAUGUGCGCUGGUUCCCCUUUGAUGUCCAGAAAUGUGAGCUGAAGUUUGGCUCCUGGACGUAUGGGGGCUGGUCUCUGGACCUGAAGAUGCUGGAGGCGGAUAUCACCGGCUACAUCGCCAACGGAGAGUGGGAUCUCGUCGAGGUUCCAGGUCGGACGAAUAAGCGUGUCUACGACUGCUGUCCGGAGCCGUACCCCGACGUCACCUUCACCGUGGUGAUGCGGAGGCGAACCCUCUACUACGGCCUCAACCUGCUCAUCCCCUGUGUCCUGAUCUCCACUCUGGCUCUGCUCGUCUUCCUACUGCCAGCUGACUCUGGAGAGAAGAUCUCCCUGGGCAUCACAGUCCUGCUCUCCCUGACUGUCUUCAUGCUGCUGGUUGCAGAGAUUAUGCCCGCCACAUCCGACUCCGUGCCUUUAAUAGCUCAGUACUUUGCCACCACCAUGGUGAUUGUUGGUCUCUCAGUAAUUGCUACAGUUCUGGUCUUACAAUAUCACCACCACGACCCUGAUGGAGGCAAGAUGCCGAAGUGGACCCGUGUGAUCCUGCUGAACUGGUGCGCCUGGUUCCUGCGGAUGAAGCGCCCCGGUGAGGACCGAGUGCGUUCAGCCUGUCACAACAAGGCUCCACGCAGCAGCCUGACCAGCGUUGAACUCAGCGCCAGCGCCUCAGCCUCCCAGUCCAACAACGGCAACAUGCUGUACGUCGGCGUCCGUGGCCUGGAGAGCUACUCCACAGCCGCCACCUCGCCUGACUCCGGCGUCCUCUGUGGACGGCUGGUGGGACGACCAGGUGAGGAGGAGAUGCUCCUCGCCACAGGUCACGCUGCCUCAGUGGCCACCGUGGAACCAGAGCUGGCCAAAAUCCUGGACGAGGUGCGGUUUAUUGCCAAACGCUUCCGUGACCAAGACGAGGACAAGUCCAUGUGCAACGAGUGGAAAUUUGCUGCGUCUGUCAUCGACAGGCUUUGUCUUAUGGCGUUCUCACUCUUCACCAUCCUCUGCACCAUCGGGAUCCUCAUGUCAGCACCUAACUUUGUAGAGGCCAUUUCCAAAGACUUUUUCACUUAAAGCCUUUGCCAGGAAAUAAGUGCUUCAAAAACAAAAUAUAAGCCAAUACCAAUAUUCAAUCUUAUCACAGAAAUCAUUUGUUCACACGUGGGGAUAAUUGGAUACGGUGAAAUCUGCUAAUAUGGGACCUGUAUGUCCCCAAAGUCAGAUUGAGGCUAAAUCUGGGUAAUGCAUAAAUAGUUUAAUUUGUUCAUUACAUAAUGGAGAUGAAAAUGCAAACCAGUCGCUAGAAUGAAUGUUUGGAAUGUAUGUUACCGCAAACCACAGAUAUGUCCAUGCUUUACUUUUCAUCAUGUUCACAUUUUUAAUUUUAUUUUGUGUUUUGGUUAAAACAUACUCAGUUUUUAGCUGCAAAUGGCAAAAAAAAAAAAAAAGUCUCCAGUGGUUUCCUCACAUUGCGGUUUCUCAUCUCGCAGCCGUCUCGCCCAACUGUGAUCUCAUCACUCUCCUGACACGAAAGAAAAAAAUGUUGAUGUGAUACAUAUGAAAAGUACAAAUGUAAUGUAUCUGAUGUUUUCAGAAAUGUUACACUGCCAACGUUUGAUUCUGGCAACGUUUUGAUUCUAAGCUGUGAAAAUGACCAGCUCUUGCCUUUGAUUUUUAAAGUGGCUUAUGACUAAUACCACAAAACAUGUAGUCGUUUGUUAUGUGAUGUUUCCUCUGUAUUGUUGUUCUGUAAACUGUAUCUUAGAAGAUCUUCUCUAAAUUGUAAAAACAUAAAGCUUAACAACCACUGUAUGUUGAAAUGUAUCAGUUCUAUCACAAGAAUACUCAUAUAUCCAGUUGUGAUGAUGUAAAUCACCUAUAUAUUAAAACAAAUUAUUAUUGAUUAUUGUCUAAAGCUUAACUGAACACCUCAGUUUAACAAUGUAGUCACUUAGUUUGACUGAUUGUUCCUCACUCAUUUUUCAUCAUUUUGUGAUAACUUAAGGGUUACCAUGAGGUCAACUCUGUUUUUUUUACAUCACUUAAUUUCAAUGUAUGAUGUUUUUGUUCUCAUCGAGUCAACAAGUUCACAAAUAAAUGAUUUUUUCUAUGUAACAAUGUGACAGCA